CCCCCCGCGCACUGGACCCAGUCUUGCUUCCACUUUCAUUUCUUGGGCUGUCCGACGUGGCACUGUCCAGAGGGGACCUCUGUUCGAAGGCAGGCUGACAGCAGUCCUCUGUCCGGGGUCCGAGGCUCGGAGCUGCGAAAGCUGGAGGCGGGGGGUGGGGGGUGGUGGUGUUUGAGGGGGGCGUGUCUUCGGGAGCGGAAAUGUCAGCCCUGUGCCUCUGGGUCCUUUCACCGGUUGGUCGUGGCUGCUGGGUGAGCGCGAGGAGGGAGUCUGGGAGCAAAGGGUAAGGUCAAGGGCUGGGCAGGGGUAGCCGAGCGUCGCGGGAAAGAGCGUGCAGAACCCGCCUCUACUUUUUUCUUGGACCUCUGCCCUCAGGACACCCCCACAUCGCACAGCCCUAGGUUGGAUUCCAAAUUCAUACUGGGGCUAGCUGCCAGCCAAGAUCCUGGGCCAGGCCCCGAGGAGUGGUAGGUGUGGCUUUGGCAGGGGGCUGAAAGUCAGAAACAGGCGUGGUCUUCAUGUGAGAAGCCCAGACGCCCAUCCCGGGAGUGAGCCAUCCCUGGGCACUUUAGGAGCAAACAGAUACCCAGAGUUAGGAAACGGGCUAGGAGGCAGUGUGGCCUCGGUUCCAGGAGGGGACGGAGGUCCUGUCUGUGAGGGAUGGGAUGGAAGGGCAUGAGAAUGGGAAGUGGAAAGCAGCAUGGAUAGAUGCCCCCCCAAGAUUACACUUUCCUGGGAAAAGACCCAGACCUUGAAAGUGAGACUAGCUCACUGGCCAGGACCCCGGAGUUGCUGUGAGGGUAUGGGGGAGGCUCAGUGUGUUGGGGUAAUGGGAAUUAGGUUGGUCUUAUUGGUAGGAACAUGCCUCCCCUUCUUCCUUCACUCCCCUCCACGACCCCUCCACAAGAUCAGCAACCAGCCAGGGCAGGAAAAUGGCCCUUUACUCUUUGUCUUGGGCUAAGUCCCACUCUAUCCCACUUCCCAGUUCUGCCAGUGGAGAUUCCCUGUCUGUAACUUGCUAUGUGAAGCCUAUCUCCUCAAGUCCUCUUUCUGGGCCUUAUUUUCCCCAUCUGUACAAGAAGCAUGUUGAGUCAGCUGAUUUCUCAGGGCUAUUUCAACCCUAAGAUCUUGAUUCUAAGCUUUCCUUAAAGCCUGAGUAUCUGUUAUGUCCAGGCCCUGACCUAGGCUGGGGAGUGGUAUGGUAGGGACAGCAAUGACCAAGAAGCAGCCUCCACCCCAGGAGAAAGAGAUCUGAAUUCAGUAGACGGGCCUGUGGGAGGAGGUAGCAUUCAACCUGACCAUGUAUAGGCAGGCAGAGAGACCAGUGUAAGAAAACACACAGAGUUGGGAGAGUGGGGGGCCUGUUCAGAGGUCAAGAAGCAGCCCAGGGUGGUUGCCCAGGGCAGAAGCACAGGAAAGGUAGGGUGAGGUAUGGAAUGCCAGAGUGAGGGUUUGUUGGUAACUGCAGUGAAGGAGGCCAUGUGAUGGUGGAGAGCCAGGAACCCCACCUAAAGCAGUAUGAGUGAUUUUGGAAGCACCUUCCCCAAGCAAAAUUCAGAACGCAGCAACAGCAGCAAAUGAAGCAUGGAAAUCUCUUCUUGGGUCAGGAAAUUCAGGUCCCACACUUGGGACUUGUUGGGGCUAGAAGUUGAGGGGCAGGAGGUAGAUGAGAAGAACUGCCACAUCUUGGAGGGUUUUUCCCAAGAGUACAAGAUCCUGCUGGGAGACCUGCCCCUACUUCUCUGAACACUCUUCAUUUUACUUGACUGUCCCCAUCCUGGCCUGCCGGUUGUGGGUACAAGGAAGAGCCCUUGUUCUAAACUUCUCCUCUACUAGCUUGACUUGUUGCCUGACGUGACACCUCCCUCCAGCCCACAUGUGCUGUGCCUUUGGUCACACCCACUGUCGCCUUGUUCCCAUCCUCCUUCCCCAAUCCUGUCCCAGCAUUACUAGAGACUUGAGAAAGGAAAAUGUUCCAGUGUGAGCUUUGAGGUCAAGCCGGGCUUUGUGGCUUAUUGCAAGCCUCAACCUAGGGCUAGAGUCAGGACUCAAAUUGACUAGGGUCAGGGCUCAGUCAGAGUUCAGCCUGGAGCCAGAACUCAGUGCUUAACCCACACCUUAAUGCUCAGCCUGGGGUCAGUGUCAGUGCUCCAUUUGUGGCUAAAUUUCAGACUCAACAGGUACCUAGGUCUGCAUUUUCCAAGAGGCCCCACACUCACAGGGGAGAAGAGAUGACUACCCUGAGAGUCCCAGAAAUCUGGCUUGUAUCAGAGAGCCCUAGGAAGUUGCAUGGGCCAACUCCAUGCCUACUAAAAGGGUCAUGCAGUUGCAGUAGAGUUGGUACUAGAACCAGGAUAUAUGCCCCCAAGCCUGGGGCUCUGAUUGUUGUCCCCAAAGUCUGUUCUGAGUCUGGGAUCCUUCAAUUCUAGGAGGCAAAGCAAAUUUGUUUGAGUUCUAGAUGAGCCCAGCUGGGAUCUGGCUGCAUUCUCCUACUUCCUGGUGCCAGGCACAUGGUGGGCGCUCUGGGAACUCUGCUGAGCGUCAUGUGCAGGAGGAGGGGCCAGUGGCUUGUUUGGGUUUGGGGCUGGAGUAGCCUGGCUUAGGAGGAAGGAUCUCCAGCCACUGUUGGAGGAAGUGACACCCUUCUAGACCUACCAUCUCCUCCUUUCCAAUAACACCUGCAGUCUAUUCAGGGGCCACCCAGCUGGCCAUAUGAGGGCCCUUUCCUCUUUCAGGGUAAUAAAAGGAAAGUACAUUUUCAGUAGAAAAGUCCCUCCUGCUCCCUGGGAAUCCCCCGUGGCCGGAUGGAUCACGGGAUAUCCCAGAGGAAGCCGAAGGUGGGGCCCUCCCGCCUCCCCGCAGACAAUGUGGCCAGGCUCUCCCAUGCUGCACCAACUGGCCUGUGGGGCCCCCUAAGGUCAUUUUAUCCAGGCCCCUGCCUCCUGGUGGGCGUGCCUGUAGGAAGCCUUUGCCACCUCUCUAAUGGUUGUCUGAAAAGCGCUCCAGGCCUCUGAGAUGCAGUGAAAGUGGAGAGGAUGGGAGGGCUGUGGGCGCUUGACAGGGGGAGCUAGGGUAGCCUGGAAAUAGAGCGGGACUGCUGGACCUAGGGGACGAGGAUGAUUUUGAUGCCAGACAAGGGUAGCAGAGGUUGGCCAAAAGCUGAGAGGUGAGACAAAUGAUGUGUGGGGAAGUCAAAGCCCAUUUGACUGACCACUGUGUUUUCCCAUACCCUUGGCUCUGGCAUCCAGGUCCAUACCCCUGGACACCUGGCCUUGGAUCCAGCCUGGCCAUGGCGCUGUGCCUGAAGCAGGUGUUUGCCAAGGACAAGACAUUCCGGCCUCGCAAGCGCUUUGAGCCCGGCACACAGCGCUUUGAGCUGUAUAAGAAGGCUCAGGCAUCACUCAAGUCGGGCCUGGACCUGCGCAGUGUGGUGAGGCUGCCACCUGGCGAGAACAUCGACGACUGGAUCGCCGUGCACGUGGUGGACUUCUUCAACCGCAUCAACCUCAUCUAUGGCACCAUGGCCGAGCGCUGCAGCGAGACCAGCUGUCCGGUCAUGGCGGGAGGGCCCCGCUACGAGUACCGCUGGCAGGAUGAGCGCCAGUACCGGCGGCCUGCCAAGCUCUCUGCACCACGCUAUAUGGCCUUGCUCAUGGACUGGAUUGAGGGCCUCAUCAAUGAUGAGGAUGUCUUUCCCACACGUGUUGGAGUUCCCUUCCCCAAGAACUUCCAGCAGGUCUGCACCAAGAUCCUGACCCGCCUCUUCCGUGUCUUUGUCCAUGUCUACAUCCACCACUUCGACAGCAUCCUUAGCAUGGGAGCCGAGGCGCACGUCAACACCUGCUACAAGCACUUCUACUACUUUAUCCGUGAAUUCAGCCUGGUGGACCAGCGGGAGCUGGAGCCACUGAGGGAGAUGACAGAGCGGAUCUGUCACUGAGCCCAGGCCUGGACGUUGUUGCCUCUCAGAUGGACCAUCUGAACACAGAGUGGCUAGGGGAGGGGACCCUCAGGAGUCUGAUGGCGGAGGAGCCUGACAGUCCUGGGACCCCUCCACACCCAAAGUCCUUGGACUUCCAGGUCUAGGGAGUCUGCACACAUGUUCCCCUGACUGCUGAUGAAUGAAGAAUGAGAGAUUUUAGAGGGGAAGAAACAGAAGGAAAGGAGGAAUUAAGGCUCUGGCAGGAAGCCUAGGGCUGGGGUAGGCUAAAGGGUUUCUGCUCUGAUACUUGACCCAUCCAUGGUGUUCCCAAGCCUACCAGGGGGAUGUGGAUGUGGCUGAGGUGAUGGCAAGAAAGAUAGAAAAGAGUGAGCAGCCUGUUUGUGAGUAAGCACAUAUGUCAGGGUGUGUGUGUGUGUGUGUGUGAUUUUAACUGUGGAGUGGGUCUGUGAGAGCUAGCUGCCUUAGACCCUCCCUGGCACACAGGAGGCCCUCCGUAAAUGACAGGUAAAUGGAUGCUGCACAGAAUGGAUGGGUGUUUGGGACCAUCAGACCAUGACCACUGUAUAAGUGAUGGCAGGUCAGUGUCCCCUCUCAGUGCGUCUGACCGAGUAAGUGCACAAAUUGUGGUUAUGGAUGUAGUGCUAUGUUUGAACCUUUCAGGCUACUGUCUUCCAUAAGCAUGAAUUCUAGGGAGCUGGAGAGAGGUUGGAAGGGGAGCCUUGCCCUGGGUACCUACCCCUCACCCGUGACAAGAGACAGGUUCUGAUUUGCUCAGCCAGAGAGACCCAGAAGUUGUCAUUUCAACUCAUUCCUCUGCCUCCAGGAAGGCCUGAUUAUAGACAGCCUGGGGGUUGGGGAUGAUCCCUUAUGUCCACAAAGGUCCCCAGUCUUUAAACUGAGAAUCGUACACUCCAAUCUAGCUCCCAGAAUCUAUAGACUUGGCUCCCAGAAUUGAAGCCCAGCAUAAGAUAAUCCUCCAAUCCAAAGAGCUAGUGGAACUUGAAUCGGGAAGCUCUGGAGCCUUGUCUCCCAUCCCAGGACACCGAGGCCCAUGAAACUAGCAAAUGGACUCUUCCAGGCUUGGAGAACCCCCAUCUUGCAAGGAUCUGCCUGCCUCCCUACCAUCCCUUAGACAUCCUAGCUGACUGAAUCUCAAAGCAUAGCUGUCCACAGAGAAACUGGGAAGCUCAUUCAGCACUCCAUUACUCAGCACCCUCAUGCCCAGCUGUGUUUCCAGACCUAUGGGUGGGGAAACUGAAGCAAGGACAGGUCUGUUACCUCCAGAGCCACCAUGCUGGGAUGCCAGGACAGAGAGCCAGAAAGGAAGUGAGGAUCAUCCGGUCUCACUCACAGAAUCAUCCACGUACAUAGGAGGAAACUGAAGCCAGGAGGAGGGGAAGGACAAACUGUCCAGGGCCUCACAGCAAGACUUCGUGGAGCUGGAAUAGAAACCAGGAGUCCUGACUCCCACCACAGGGCCAGUGUAUCGCUUCAUAAGGAGAUGAGAUGCAAGUGAAAAGAGGGUUUGACAGCCCUUCUCUGGAACACAAUUGUUCCUGCUUUAAGCAAAGAUUUCUAGCCUGAUUCUAGAUGUCCCACCAACUCUCAGGUCUGCUGAAAUUGUCUGAACCAAGCCUCCAGAAUAAUGGAAUAAUGCCCUGUCCUUGGCCUAGCAGCUGCCUGAUCUCUGGAGAAGCAGAUGGGACCCCUGAUGCCAGCCAGCUGGACCUAGGGCUGCUGCCUACAGAGAAGUUCCCAAGAGGAACAUACAGGCCCAGCGGAUUUGCCAGAGACUCUGGGGGUGGGGUUGUCCGAGAUUCCCCCGUGGAGGACAACAGAUUGGAUAGUGCAUUAUAAACUGUGGCCAGUGCUGAGGGCGGUGGGGUGGGGGUCGAGGAAUCUAUUUUUGUGAAACAGAGCUAAGACUUUAUUGUUAUUUUUUUUGUAAAAUAAAGGAGGCAAAACAAAAAAUAGCUGUACUGGUGGGAAGCUGAGGUCUGGGUGCCACAUGGCUCCUAGGCAGGCUGUGGAAGGAACUGGGCCAGAAUGGGGCAGGGAGGGCUUUGCAUUCUGAGUCUGCGAGCCAUGUGAAGGCCCAGCCAGUGUGGUCAUGUCUGGCCCAGCUCUCUAGAGUGGAGACGCCAAGGUUUUCCCAGAGCUCUAGGAAUUCUGUGCCCAAACUUCCUAGGCUACUGUAGGACCCUUGGAGUAGGGAGGGCUGGCCCUUGCCUUUGGAAGAACUCAGUCUCUAGGGAGAGGCUUUAAGCUCAGGUUACCUGGCACUGGCUGUUCUUACCCCACCCCCUUUAUCUGGGUAAUUUAUUGUAGCUAAUGGAUUGAAGGACAGGGCAGAAAUACAGGCAUACCUCAGAAAUAUUGCAGGUUCAGCUCCAGACCACUGCAAUAGAGUAUUUCAAUAAAGUGAGUCAAAUGCAUUAUUUGGUUUCCCAGUGCAUAUAAAAGUUAUGUUUAUACUAUAAUGUGGUUUAUUAAGUGUGAAAUAGCAUUAUUUCUAAGAAAACAAUAUACACACCUUAAUUAAAACAUAUGUUAUUGCUAAAAAAAUGCUAACCAUCAUCUGAACUUUCAGUGAGUUGUAAUCUUUUUGCUGGUGAGGGUCCUGCCUUGAUGCUGAUGGCUGCUGACUGAUCAGUAUGAUGGUUGCUGAAGGCUAGAGUGGCUUUGGCAAUUUCUUAAAAUAAGAAGACAGUGAAGUUUGGUGCAUUGAUCAACUCUUCCUUUCAUGAAAGAUUUCUCUGUUGCAUUCAAUGUUGUUUGAUAGCAUUUUACCUAUAGUAGAAUUUCUUUCAAAGUUGGAGUCAAUACUCUCAAACCUGGCUUCCACUUAAUGAACUAAGUUUAUGGAAUAUUCUAAGUCCUUUGUUGUUAUUUCAACUACCUGCAUAGCAUCUUUACAAGGGGUAGAUUCCACCUCAAGAAACCACUGUCUUUGUCCUCCAUAACAAUAACUCAUCUGUUGCAAGUUUUAUCAUGAGAUUGCAGCAAUAAUCAGUCUUCAGGCUCCACUUCUAAUUCAAGUUUUCCGUUAUUUCCACCACAUCUGCAGUUACUUUCUCCACUGAAGUCUUGAGCACCUUAAAGUCAUUCUUGAGGGUUGAAAUCAACUUCUUCCAAACUCCUGUUAAUGUUGGUAUUUUGACCUCUUUCCAUGAAUCACAAAUGUUCUUAAUGGCAUCUAGAAUGGUGAAUCCUUUCCAGGUUUUCAGUUGACUUUGCCCAGACCCAUCAGAAGAGUCAUUAUCUAUGGCAGCUAUAACCAAUACAAAAUGUAUUUC